AAAUACUUAAUCCCCAGCACCACCUGCAGUGUUGGUCAUGGUCAACUAGCUUGGGAUUCCAAUGGCCGUCACACAUUGCUGAAGAAACUGGAAAGCCAAUCGCUGUCCGAUCGCUGAACGGAGAGGGACCGACAUCAAACAGCUGAACGAGUGUUCGCCGAUGAGCGGCAGAGCGUCGGCGUAAGAUAUUUCGUUUGGGCUCCCCAUAAGGCCGCGAAGCCAACCUUGCUCAAGGUGAAGAAGACAAUUGAAGAAAUACGGGUGAAGCACUUGAUGUGCAAACAAUGAACUUUCACACCCCAAAUCCGAACUCAGAGCUCCCAUGUUCCGCACGCAUCAAAAGCCUCUCAUUCGCGUCAAAAGCCUCUCAUUCGGGGCCGAUGGGUUUUCCUUGGCAGUCAGCUCUGGCAGCCGUGUUUGGCAUUGGUGUGGGUGUACUUUUGGAAAGGCUCAAAAACCGAAGUGGUGCGAAGAAGGCAGUUGAGUCAUCUAGCGACGUUGUAAAGUCAGGUAGUUUUGUGUUUGUUGGACGGGAGCAGCUGGAAAAGACCGUGGCUUCGUGCUUGAAAGCGGCUGGAGCUCCACCAGACAAAGCACAGCUGGUGGCCCAAGUCCUUGUGGCGGCGGACGCUCGAGGGAUACCAUCACAUGGUGUGAACCGUGCAGAAAUGUAUUGUGGCGAACUCAAGGCGAAGUUGAUCGAUCCUGGCGCUGAUCCCAAGAUUUCAUCCGAUUCAGCGAGUGCUGCCAAUGUCGAUGGAUGUAAUGGACUUGGUGCAGUAGUUGCUUCAUAUGCAAUGAAGUUGUGUAUCCAAAAGGCAAAGUCCACUGGUAUUGGCUUAGUUGUGUGCCACAACAGCAACCAUUUUGGCAUUGCAGGAUUCUGGUCAGAACUGGCAUUGAAGGAGAAACUGAUUGGUUUUGCCUUUACGAACACCAGCCCAUUUCUGGUUCCAACGCGGGCUUGCCAGCGUGCUGGAGGAACAAACCCCAUAGCAUGCUACUGCCCAGCAGAAGGAGAUAGUUUUCAACUUGACAUGGCCACAACCACCGUGCCCAUUGGAAAGAUUGAGGUUUGUCAUCGAAAGGGGCAGCAGAUUCCAAAUGGAUGGGGAGUGGAUAGCACUGGAGUGUGCAGCACUACAAACCCUGAGAAGAUUCUGAAGGGGGGCGGGCUGACUCCUUUGGGAGGUCUAGAAGAAACUGCGGGCUACAAAGGCUAUGGUUUGAACAUGAUGGUGGAAAUCUUGUGUGCCAUCCUAAGUGGUUGCCAGAAGGUGGGUCCUGCAGUGCCUCCCUGGAGGGUGGAUAGAGGCACUGCUGUUGACUAUGGACACUGUUUCAUUUGUAUUGAUCCUGCAAAGUUGUUGCCAUCAGGAGACUUUGAAAAAGCUUUAAGUGGCUAUUUGUCAACCAUGCGACAGCUUCCUGCCGGAGAUGUGGAACGUUCAGUGCUUGUUCCUGGAGACCCUGAACGUGCAGAGGAAGACGAUGCUGCAAAGCAGGGUGUUCGGUUGAACCGGCAGAUCGCCUUGGGUUUGCGAAGUUUGGCACAAAGCCUGGGCUGUUCUGGAUCGCUUCCUGCCGAAAUCCAGGCCCUUCCAGAAGAUGCUUCUGCACCAAAGCAUCCGCAUGCAGUUUGAAAAAGCGACACUUCAAGACCAUCCUUUCAAAUACUUUGAAAUUGGACUUUGAAGUGCUACAUGUUUCUCAGUGAACAUAGAUCUCUGUUGCAUUGCUCAAGA